AAGUAGAAGGAGUCGCACGCACGUCCGACGUCGGAAGGCGAGAGAGAGAGAGAGAGAGGGGGCGAUCGGAUCGGUUCUCCGGCGAUCGGAUCUCCGGCGAUGAUACUGCUUCAGUCCCACUCCAGAUUCCUGCACCAGACCUUGCUCAAUCGUCUCCACAAUCUUGAGAAAGGAGUUGAACUUGAUUAUCACUGGGUUGAGUUUGAUGACAUCCGAUAUCAUCUCCAGGUCUCAAUGAAGAAUCCACAUCUCCUGCUGCUAUCGCUUUCAUUACCCACCCCACCUCCAGAAACCGAUUUUCCUGGUGGACUUCCUUCUGGAGCCAUUGAAGCUGUAAAAGCUGCAUAUGCUGGUGUUGUUCAAAUUCUUGAUCCCCCUAGGGAUGGCUUUAAUCUCACACUGAAGCUAAAUUUUUUGAAAUUUCCUCCAGAUGAAGAGCGUAGACAAGCUCUCCUGGUUAAGAUUGCAUCUGUCCGGGAAAUAGUAUUAGGUGCGCCGUUGCGAGCAUUACUGAAGCAUCUUACCUCUAAGACAAUUUCUUCUGAUAUGGAUCGACUUGUGGCCCUAGUCCAUCGGCCAAAUGAGUCAUUUUUUGUCAUUCCGCAGAUGGAGAAGGUAAUUGUUGUGUUUCCAAUGAGAUUUAAGGACUCCAUAGAUACUGUUCUCGCAACAUCUUUCCUUCAGGAGUUCGUGCAAGCAAGGCGAACUGCUGGUCUUAACAAUGCACCUCCUUGUUUGUGGUCCUCUUCUCCUCCUUUGGAACUAAAGAAAGCCCCUGCAGAAGCAUUAUCAGCAAAUGCUGGGUUUGUUUCUUUUGUCAUUUUCCCUCGGCAUGUAGAAGGCAAAAAAUUGGACCGUACAGUUUCAAGUCUAUCAACUUUUCAUGCCUACGUUAGCUAUCAUGUUAAGUGCUCAGAGGGCUUUAUGCAUACCCGUAUGCGGCGUCGUGUGGAGUCAUUGAUACAGGCCUUGGACCGUGCCAAACCUGAUGUUGAAAAAUCCAAGAAUCUAGCAAAUAACAGAUCCUUCAAACGACUGAGCCUUAAAGAGGCACAUGCUAAUUCCCAUUCAUGAAGUUAAGAUUCUGGAUUGAAAUUCAAGAUGAUGUGCAUCUGAACCACCAGAAGACCAUUUCUUUGGUAACUGUCUGCAUGUACAUGCCAAAUAUUGUAAACAGUUGUAUCAUAUUAGAUAGAGAAAAAUCUUUGGAGUUGGUUGCUAUUAUGUACUUAUAUUGUUUGCAUUUCAAUUCCCUUUCAAUACUGUUAA